UGUGUACAGAGUCUUGUGGAGCACUUUUUGUUUAACCAGCUCUGGAAGAUGAUGUAUAUUUGUAUCUGCUACCAUUUUUUCAUCGUAUCUAACAGAAAAUGCUGAAAGGCCAUGCACUUCACCGACAAACGACAGGAAAGACUCGUCUCGAGCUAAGAUUGUAGCCGAACUACCAAUAUGAGCUGGAGUUUCCUUCAUCUCCUGAAUGAGAUCCACAACCACUCCUCGUUCGUGGGGAAAGUGUGGCUGAUGAUCCACAUCGUGUCCCGCAUUGUGCUGAUGGCGGUGGCUGGAGAGUCCAUCUACUCUGACGAGCAGUCCAUGUUCACCUGCAACACCAAGCAGCCAGGCUGCGACGACGUCUGCUACAACUCAUUUUCUCCGCUUUCGAACGUCCGCUUCUGGGUAUUCCAGAUCAUCCUGAUUUCCACACCGCCCGUCAUGUACCUCGGAUACGCCAUCCACAAAUACGCCCGUUUCUCUGACGAUGACCAGGAGCAGAAAAAGCAACGGCACCGGAGGAUUGUCAGGAGCAGAUGUAGGGAUUUGGAUCAGAUGGAGGAGUGUGACGAUGGUAUUGACUGUGAUGACAUGGAACCGAUGAUGUACAGAGAGUACCUGGAGCUUCAGGAAGCCGAAACAGGGAUGGAGAACAACACAAGAAUAGAUCAAACUAAGCAUGAUGGCUGUCGCAGGAUCAUUCAAGAAGGUCUGAUGAAGAUUUACAUCCUCCAGCUCUUAUCACGUGCCAUUUUAGAGGUCUUCUUUCUGGUGGGUCAGUACCUGCUGUAUGGAUUCCGUGUCAUUCCCACAUAUGUAUGUGAUGAAAUUCCCUGUCCUCAUCGAGUCGACUGCUAUGUGUCUAAUCCCACCGAGAAAACCAUCUUCCUGCUGAUCAUGUAUGUGGUAAGCUGUCUCUGUUUGCUGCUCAACCUCUGCGAGAUGUACCAUCUUGGAAUUGGCGCUUUCCAGGACAUGCUUAGAAGACGACGGAGCCGGGGCCAGCGUCUUCACUCCUGUGCUUUUCCAUAUGCUCGUAAUAUUCCGGCCUCACCUCCGGCAUACGACUUUGUUGUCAAACCCGAGGACCAAAAUGGUGUCCUCUGUUAUCAACAGAAUCAGAACAGCACCCUUCCUCAGCAACCGAACCACAGCAGCAGCCCAGCAUCAGAGCAGAACCGAGUCAACUUGGAACAGAGACAGGGAGCGAAGCUUAAAGCUGAUAUGGAGAAAAGUGGGAUUGUGAAGUAUUGGAAAACCUCAUUGUGGAUUUAGAUUUCAAUUCUGACAAUAAUUAAUUAAUUAAUUAAUUUGUUUGUUUGUUUGUUUGUUUGUUUGGCUGAAAUGCUCCAUACGGGAGCUAAGACAAAAAAUGAACAAAAAAGUAAAUCAUAAUAAAAAACACAGUGUCGUAUCACAUGCUGUAAACAAGAUUACAAAACAAUCCCAUUUUAAACAAUGGAAAUAAAAUGUACACAAAACA